AUGUCAGUCUUUAAUACCUCUGAAGUGGAAAUCUCUACCUUCUUCCUCGUUGGGAUCCCAGGGAUGGAACAUGCUCACAUUUGGUUCGCCAUCCCCAUUUGCCUCAUGUACCUCAUUGCCAUCCUGGGGAACUGUACCAUCCUAUAUCUCAUAAAAACAGAGACCUCUCUGCAUGAGCCUAUGUACUAUUUCCUCUCCAUGCUGGCCUUCUCUGACCUCGGACUGUCCAUUUCCUCGCUUCCAACCAUGCUGAGAAUCUUCCUGUUCAAUGCCACUGGAAUUUCCCCUGAUGCCUGCUUUGCCCAAGAGUUCUUCAUUCAUGUAUUCUCAGCUAUGGAGUCAUCAGUUCUUCUUAUCAUGUCUGUGGACCGCUUCAUAGCUAUCUACAACCCUCUGAAAUACACCUCCAUUUUGACCAGUGUCAGAGUCAUUAAAAUCAGCCUUAUAUUUGCCUCAUUAAGUAUUUCACUUGUCCUCCCUUUCCCCUUUAUUCUAAAGAGGCUGAGAUUCUGUAAGAAAAACCUUCUAUCUCACUCCUACUGCCUUCACCAGGAUGUCAUGAAGCUGGCCUGUUCUGACAACAGGGUCAAUGUAAUCUAUGGGCUGUUUGUGGCUCAAACAGCUAUGUUAGUGUUGGUGUGCAUUUCUGUGUCUUAUAUGCUGAUCUUGAAAAUAGUAUUGGGCAUUGCCUCACACAAAGGCCGCCUCAAGGUCCUCAACACUUGCAUCUCCCACAUUUGUGCGGUGCUCAUCUUCUAUGUGCCUAUUGUCACCUUGGCUGCCCUUCCUCGCUUUGCCAAAAGGGUUUCGCCAGUUAUUACGGUCAUCAUAGCUGAUAUCUUCCUUUUGGUUCCCCCACUAAUGAAUCCCAUUGUGUACUCUGUAAAGAGUCAGCAGAUUAGAAAUCGGAUCCUGGUGAAAUUAUGUGACAAACAAGGUUGA